UGAAAACUAUCCUUGAUUGGCUGAAUCGAUGGAGAAAAGCUUCCGCACACAAAAGAUAGCAAGUUGGGGGUUUCUUAAAAACAGGCAUGUGGACACGUGCUUGCAAAUAUACACAAAGUAAUGUAGACAACUGGAAUAGAUGCAAAUGCACAUAUAAGCCUAACAAGAAUUGAUCACAAGUCACUUGUACGCCAGUAAACAGAUCUCUUCGGAUUAUUGGUCAGAGUUUUAACGAAAAUAUUGGCAUAACUCGGAAUUCCAAACAUAUCGUCGAUAGACGCGAUAUGGAACAACAACAAGACAAGAAUACUGCAUCGCAAAUGUUUCAAGCGUUUGUAGGGAUCGAUCGGAGACAAAUAAUCAUUCAUUUUCUCGUCGCUUCCAUGCUGUGGUUGUUUGGAUGGUGGAAUAUUAGCUUCGCAUGGGUAAUUAUGUUUGUUUUGAUCUAUGUUUUUGGAGAAUAUCGUUCAGAAGUUUCUAAACGGAAGCGUAAAAACUUCCGCAAGAUGACAGAUGAAGCGAACCUGUCCAAGAUAAAAAGUUUUCCAAUACCAUCCGUUUAUCUGUCAGAGACGGAAAGCUCGACAUGGCUUAACGAGUUUAUUAAAAAACUGUGGCCUUCUAUCGAGGGAAUGACAAAGAAUAUUAUUAAGGAACGUGUGGAGCCCGAAAUACAGAAAAACCUUCCUUCGGCUUUUAAGACUCUUUCCUUCGACAAGAUCGAGUUGGGGCAAAAACCUCCCUUCGUCGGAAACAUAAAAUCGUAUGCAAGUGGAAAUGGAGAAAAGAGAGCUUCUGAAUUUAUAAUGGACGCCGAUGUUACGUACAAUGGAGAUGCACAGGUGAAAGUGACAGUUAAAAAUGUAAAUUUGGGAAUCUCCGAUUUUCAGAUAUACGGCUCGCUUCGAAUUAUCUUGAAACCUCUUCUGUCGAACCAGUCUAUCGUUGGCGGUGUAACGCUAUUUUUUCUCAAGAGGCCAAGAAUCACCUUCAAUUUGACAAACUUGUUGAAUGUGUUAGAUUUUCCCGGAUUGAAGAAAACUUUGCGUGGCAUCGUUGAUGACGUCAUCGCUAGUUUUGCCGUCUUGCCCAAUAGGAUUGCAAUACCCUUGGCGGAGAGCGUGGACCUCAGCGAUCUGCAGUACCCAAUCCCUGAAGGUCUCCUACGUGUGCAAAUUCUGGGAGCACGGGAACUGGUAAAGUCUGAUUUUUCACUGAUUGGUGGAGCUAGUCCUGACCCUUACGCCAUCUUGGAAGUUGGUGCGCAAAAGUUUCGUACUGAAACGAAGAAAAAUGCUUCAAAUCCGGGGUGGGAGGAAACCUUUGAGUCAUUUGUAGACAAUUCCAUGGGCCAGGAAUUAGAAAUUUACCUCUACGACCGGGAUGUUGCUUCAAAAGAUUCUAAAAUUGGCAGUGUUGAUAUCAAAAUCCGUUCCGUGGUGGAAGAAGGCGUCCAGGACAUCUGGCUGCCUUUAGAAAAAGCCAAACAGGGAAAAAUCCAUUUGAACCUGGAAUGGUUUUCUCUGAGCUGUGAUCCACUGCAUUUUAGAUAUACUAGGGAAAAGGAGACCGUAGCCGUGCUGUUUGUUAAGCUGAUCAAAGCACAAAAUCUUCCAAGCUCAUCCAGUUCAGUGGUGACAAGAAAAGUUUUCUGUAAGGUAUCCGUCGGAGAUAUAGCGUUGAACAGUUUUUUCGCGCACGGAGAUGAAAUGGUAUGGGGGCAAUCCUUGCGAUUCCUUCUUACAGACCCCCAUGAAGAGGCCCGUAUUGAAGUUAUGGAGGGUAAUGACAACAAGAGCUUGGGAUCUAUGUUAUUCGUCAUUCGAAAGCUGAUAGAGGAACCGGAAAUGGCUCGACAAGACUCUUUCCGGCUGAAUGGCGGGACCGGAAGUCUUGAGUGCAAGUUCAUUCUCCGGGCGCUGAAGACUGCAGACACCUCUAACGCCCCAAUGCCACUACAGUUUGGCCGAAAGUUCAACGCUUUUCACAACAAUGGAAUCUGUCUCCAGAGAGUGGACACGCCCACGAUGUUACCAGACGUGAAUGCUCAAGAUGAUCCAUCUACCUCCGCUAGUACCGAGAGCGACAGCAGUAGAACCGCCGAGAAAACGUCUAGUAGCAGUUCCGGUUCCAGUUCCGGUUCAUCUCCUAGUGGAAGCAUUGCAGGUGACACGUCUAACGGGCAAAGUCCCGAGGCUUCGGUUAGGGAUUAUAUGUCCCGAGGAGAAGUAUCGCUGUGGCUUAUAUACGAUCAUCGUAGGAACAGACUGGUUGUCACUGUUCUUAGUGCAAAGGAGCUUGUGUCAUCAGAGCCCGUGUCCAAAACGAAUCCUUAUAUACAGCUAAAUCUGCUUCCUUCUCGCUCCAAGAGAUCGAUUCGCAAGACGGAUUCCUACGCCGGAAGUCUAAAUCCCGUUUUUAACGACACUUUCGAAUACGUUAUCGGUCUUGACCAGUUAUGCAAUAAGUACUUGGAAGUGAUCGUCAAAAACGAGAGAUUUGUCCAGUUGCCAGGGAAAAGUAGAGAUCUUAUUGGGUCAACCUCAAUUAACCUUUGCGAGCUGAGUCUGUCCGCCGGUGUGACAAUGAACUGUGAGUUAACAAAGUGAGAUUCUUAGCUUGUGCGCAAUCCUUAGAAAACCCUAGUGGAUGAUGCCAUCCGAAUGGAAGCGAGGCUGAAUACGUCACAACGAAUACUAUUCAAGUGUACUGGGGAGGAGUGAAUAACUGUUAACAACAACACAAAAUUUAAACAACUAUAAACAAAAACAGAAAUAGAUUCUCUUAUUUACAUCCUAAAGUAGGUUCGUUGUUUAUCGCCUUAAACAAGUUCACGGCACUCAUCAGAGGUUGAUUGAUCUCUCGAAUAAUUUUUUCAUCGUAGAAGAAUACGAAAAUAAUGGUGUACUUUCAGAAUUGAGCAUAAUUGGCUACCCUGUGUUGCCGGAAUAUUCCUGAGGUAAUCAUAUCCACUAUGUGAACGCGACCCUUGAAAAUUAAAGAGGAUGUGGAGAAAUAGUUGCGCGUACGAUACAAACGUUGACCCUUGCGAUUACCCCAAAUGUGGGUAACUCGAGCGUAUAAUUUCUGUUAGUGUUAGCGUUCUUUAGUGUUUUAAUGACGGAAUAAAUGUACCUCUCAAGCCCUGUGUUAAGAUCUGUUGCUCGUAAUUUUACGAAAGUAAAGGGUCACCAUUUCUUCAUCCAAAAGACAAAUUGACCUAUACAGUCUUAAGCCUGGUUUUCACUAGCGACGCAAGCACAAGCGCAAGCACAAACGCAAACAUAACAUUGUGACCAAAAAGUAAACGGUAAUCAAAGAGCCAUUAGCUUGGAAUUUCAGAAGAGAGACACUCUGGCUCUAUCAAAUAAAGCUUGUUAUAAACUUCGGUUGAUUUGUUUGGGCGUUCUAGAGCGAGAAAAUGGGCAAAUGUAUGAGGGCUCGAAUCAAAGUAGUUCGCGUAAUGUGUCGGUGUUCUGGCACUUCAGAGGAGCGCAAACAAAAAGUUACUCUCCUUGGAACCGCUAUAGUAUUGGGGAAACAAAGUCUCAGUGAAAGUAUAGUGGUUGCUCAAGAGAGGUGGAGCGAAAUAUCAAAGAACUGAUGGAAGACAAGAAUGAAUCUAUCCUGGGACAUAUGCAGAAGGUCAUCCUCACGAGCUCCCGUCGUAUCGUAAGAACA